AGCCUAAGAACACUCCAAUCCAAAGUCUUACAGUUCUCUCACCGUUGAAACAAAAAAACGAGCAUUUAAUACUCUUUACCAAUAUAGUUGGCGAUUUUUAUUUAUUUAUUAUAAAUUGAGUUUUCGCAAUUCACAUCUGAAAUUUAUUAUAGUCCUUCAUCAGCCUCUCGCUUGCCUCUUCCCUUACCUACUCUUUUUUUUUUCUUCUUUUACUUUUGUUUUAUUAGGACCCCCCAAAAAAAGGGUUGAUUACAGACUGUUUUCAAGCAUAGGAUGCUGUUCUACUUCAUUGCCAUAUCGUUUUCUUGAUUUUUCUUCCUGUUACAAUCUAAUUUCCUCAAAAGAUUUCUGGGUUUUUUGGCCAAGGCGAUUCUAGACAAUGGGUAAUCGUUUUAUUUGUAUGUCAAAGAAGGAAACCAAAGAUAAUGGAUCCAGAAGUAAGCGAGUGAAUCGUUCGCAGAGGAAAUUGCUGGCUGAUGAAGAGUUCUUGCACAAGCAAGCCCUUUCCAUGGCUCUUCAUCAGCACCAAUUGUCUCAGAGGUUUGAUGGGUCGAUGUCAAGGAGGAUUGGGUCUACGAGCUCUCGGAGGCACAAUCUCUCAGAAUCAGUAACAAAUGGGAAACUGGCACCUGAAAUUCUUGAGAAUCUCAAAGCGAAGAAAUUUGUUUUGAUACAUGGAGAAGGAUUUGGAGCAUGGUGUUGGUACAAAACAAUUUCUCUGUUGGAAGAAACAGGAUUAGUUCCCACUGCAUUUGAUCUCACGGGGUCUGGAAUCGAACUAACAGAUACUAAUGCUGUUUGCUCGCUGGCAGAGUACUCAAAACCAUUGAUUAAUUUUCUACAAAACCUUCCUGAGGAUGAAAAGGUUAUUUUGGUUGGUCACAGUAGUGGAGGUGCCUGUGUUUCUUAUGCAAUGGAGCAUUUCCCACAAAAGAUCUCGAAAGCAAUUUUCCUCUGUGCAACAAUGGUAUCCAAUGGCCAGCGACCGUUUGAUGUGUUUGCAGAAGAGCUUGGCUCUGCGGAACAAUUCAUGGAAGGAUCAAAGUUUUUGAUUCAUGGGAAUGGAAAAGAUAAACCUCCAACAGGAUUCAUGUUUGAGAAAGAGCAGAUGAAAGGAUUGUAUUUCAAUCAUUCGCCAACAAAGGACAUUGCCUUGGCCAUGGUUUCAAUGAGACCUGUCCCGCUAGGCCCCAUCAUGGAGAAACUGUCAUUAUCCUCCGAAAAUUAUGGGAAGGGUCGGCGGUUCUUUAUCCAGACAUUGGAUGAUCAUGCUCUUUCUCCAGACAUCCAAGAGAAGCUAGUGAGGGAAAAUCCACCAGAGGGUGUAUUCAAGAUAAAAACCAGUGACCAUUGCCCAUUUUUCUCAAAGCCACAAGCAUUGCACAAAAUUUUGGUGGAAAUUGCUCAGCUUCCAUAGUCCAAAUUAAGAAUGCUUUUUUAUUUAUCUUUUUUCUUCACCAUUUAUAGAACACCAAAGAUAGUUGGGGUUAUUGAAAGUAAGGCCAGGGUUGUACGUAAGAACAUGGUGUCCCAGGUGUGUGUAGUCAAAUUGAUUUUCUUUGAAGACAGUGCAAGUAUCACACUCGAUGUGGUUCCUCAGAGGUUGUAGAAAUGAAGUUUGGUGUAAAUUUCAUCUAAAUAGAACCCCGUAGACAACUAGUUUAUCGUUCAAUAAAGAUUUAUUGAUCACGGAAA